AUUCCUUAGAAAGGCUGCAUAUGAAAGAUCAGAGAAGGGGCCAGUAGAUCUGGGUUUUAUCCAGGGGUCUCCAGGUUUAAAGCUCUCUACAGCUACUUAAGCUCAGUUUCCCUCUGACUCGGCUGGGCACAACUCCUUUCUCUGCCCACCUUUUAAAAAAAAAUUAAAAGUUUAGUCUUCAGGAUUUUUUCAGUUGUGCGACAAACACAACCUAUCCUUUAGCAAAAAUGGAAGCUAUCAAGAAAAAAAUGCAAAUGUUGAAGUUAGACAAGGAGAAUGCGAUAGAUAGAGCAGAGCAGGCUGAAACGGAUAAGAAGGCAGCUGAGGACAAAUGCAAACAGGUAGAGGAUGAGCUGGUAGCUCUGCAGAAGAAGUUGAAAGGAACCGAAGAUGAGCUGGAUAAGUACUCCGAGGCUCUCAAAGAUGCCCAGGAAAAACUAGAGCAGGCUGAGAAGAAGGCCACUGACGCUGAAGGGGAGGUGGCAGCUCUGAACAGACGUAUCCAACUAGUGGAAGAGGAGUUGGAUCGUGCCCAAGAACGGCUGGCCACAGCCUUGCAGAAACUGGAGGAGGCUGAGAAAGCAGCGGAUGAGAGUGAGAGAGGAAUGAAGGUUAUUGAGAACAGAGCAAUGAAAGAUGAAGAAAAAAUGGAAAUCCAGGAAAUGCAACUGAAGGAGGCCAAGCAUAUUGCUGAAGAAGCUGACCGCAAAUACGAAGAGGUUGCUCGUAAAUUGGUUAUUUUGGAGGGCGAGCUAGAAAGAGCUGAAGAGCGUGCAGAGGUGUCCGAAGUUAAAUGUAGUGACCUUGAAGAGGAGUUAAAGAAUGUCACUAACAAUCUGAAGUCUUUGGAAGCUCAAUCUGAAAAGUACUCGGAAAAAGAAGAUAAAUACGAAGAAGAAAUCAAGAUUCUCUCUGACAAGCUGAAAGAAGCUGAAACUCGUGCUGAAUUUGCUGAGAGAACAGUUGCCAAACUGGAAAAGUCUAUUGAUGAUCUGGAAGAUGAGCUGUAUGCUCAGAAGCUGAAGUACAAAGCUAUCAGUGAGGAGCUUGACCAUGCUCUCAAUGACAUGACCUCUCUGUAAUUUGCACUUGUCUGGGGGGGCGCUUUGACUUGCUGCAUUUCUUAAGCUUUUCUUGCCUGUAAUACCUGUCACUCCUAUGCAAUUCAAUCCUCUCUGUAAGAACCGAGCUCAAUAAAAACAAGAUACCUCUGCCUUUCA